GUACAAGUUUAAAUGAGGUACAAAAGCUAAUGGUCCUCGUGACGAUUUGAGCAACAAAAAUAUCCAGAAAGUUCUUUUCAACGUUCUUGUGCCAUAAUCAUGGCGGAAACAGCGAGAUGCUUUUCGAAUUUUCCAGCAAAUAUUGGAUUGCUCCUCUAAUUCAUUUAAAUACCUCAUCAAAUGGCUUCUCCCUCAUCAUCAAAGAAUCAGAAAUCACAAAAUCCAUAACAAAUAUCAAGAAAUUAAAAAACAUCAUCCAAGAAAUUAAACUGAAAAUGUCGUUGAUUCCAAGUUUGUUCGGAGGAAGAAGGAGCAACGUUUACGAUCCAUUCUCCCUGGACGUUUGGGAUCCAUUCAAGGAUUUUCCAUUGCUCAAUUCAGUUUCCGAAUCAGCUCGUGAAAAUUCGGCAUUCGUGAGCACACGUGUGGACUGGAAGGAGAGUCCAGAAGCGCACGUGUUUAAGGCGGAUAUUCCAGGACUGAAGAAAGAGGAAGUGAAGGUUGAGAUUGAAGAUGAUAGGGUUCUUCAGAUAAGUGGAGAGAGAAGUGUUGAGAAAGAAGAUAAAAAUGAUAAAUGGCAUCGUGUGGAGCGUAGCAGUGGGAAGUUUAUGCGAAGGUUUAGAUUGCCGGAGAAUGCUAAAAUUGAUCAAGUGAAGGCAAAUAUGGAGAAUGGUGUUCUCACUGUAACCGUUCCUAAAGAAGAUGUUAAAAAGCCUGAGGUUAAGUCCAUUAAUAUCUCUGGUUAAACAAAAUCAGUUCUCUUCUGUUUGGUCCACACUUUAAAAUUAGUAUUUUGUGUUUUUGCUGUAUUCUAAUUUGUAAUGCAUGUAUAUGUUUCUCUUUUGUCUUUUCACUGUAACAAAUAAAUCAUGUGAUGCGUUUUUGUAAUAUCAAUCGUUUUUGUGAAUAAACUCCACUUUGCAGUCAAUAUAAUUAUGAAA